UUAAAGAGUUUCCCCAUUUGUGAUCAAUAAAGAAUAUCUUUUUAAUUGGCCUUGUAAUCUCGCGAGAUUUUACUUGAGAUUUCGUGAUCUCAACUAAAAUCACUACAUCUCCCACCUGAUUGGUCCUCGCGCUUCAGUUUAAACAGUUACCCGCGCAGAGCAGAGCUAACGUUACCGAGCGGUUGCUGUUUUUAGUUUUUAAUGCGAUGUCUGCUGAAUACAACGCAUCUUCAAAAUGAUGGAGUCUUGUUUUGGGGAGAAGCCGGAGAGAGUGGGCGUGGUGGUGGAGGACAUCAAGAGAGACCUGCUGGAGGAGUUCAAUGCUCUACCUGCACAGGACAUCGUUCAGUCGGAGAACCUGCAGGUCUUCCUGAGGGUCCGCCCUUACACUGCAGCAGAGAGCGAGAGCAGGGACUCACAGCAGCAUGUAAUACAGGAGUGUGUGACCAUCGAGGGGCCAGACACCGUGGUGCUGAGGGCCCCCCGCACCAGUCAGUCAAAGUCCCUCCCUCAGACAGCACAGAGGUUCACCUUCACUCAGGUGUUUGACCCCGAGGCGAGUCAGAGGAAGGUGUUCGAGGGCUCGGUCCAGGGUUUGGUCCGGGACGUUCUGGGUGGAGGAAACUGUCUGGUGUUCACAUACGGAGUCACCAACGCCGGGAAGACCUUCACCUUCCUUGGUCCGGAGCAUGACUCGGGUCUGUUGCCUCGCUCUCUGUCUGUGAUCUUUAACAGCAUCGAGGGUCGGCUGUAUCCUCGCAGCGACCUGAAGCCGCAGCGCUGCAGGGACUUCAGCCGCCUGACGGCCGAGCAGGAGGCCACCGAGAGCAGCAGCAAGAGGAGCUUGUGGAGGGUGCUCAAAGAGAGCGACAGAAGUCAGACGUCUGGAAGAUCCACUUUCCUCGAUGGCUCGUCACUCAGCGCAGACAGCAGCGUCUCUGAGGACAGCUUCUGUCUCGAUGUCGGUUCCAACGUCAGGUUCUCCGUCUGGGUCUCAUUCUGCGAGAUCUACAACGACAACAUCCACGACCUGCUGGAACAGGUCCCCAGCGGACAGCAGAGGAGGACGGUGCUGCGUCUGUCCCAGGACAUCAAGGGGAACUCCUUCAUCAAAGACCUGCGCUGGGUGCAGGUGAGCAGCUCUGAGGAGGCGUACCGAGUGAUGAAGAUCGGUAGGAAGAACCAGAGUUUCUCCUCCACACGACUCAACCAGCUGUCCAGCAGGAGCCACAGCAUCUUCUCCAUCAGAGUCCUGCGCAUCGAAGACGUCGGUGUUCCCAGAGUCCUCGGCAUCAGCGAGUUGUCUCUGUGUGACCUGGCCGGCUCUGAGCGUUGCUCCCGGACUCAGAACCGCGGGGAGCGUCUGAAGGAGGCGGGAAACAUCAACAGCUCUCUGCUCACUCUGGGGAAAUGCAUCAGCGCCAUGAGAGUCAACCAGCACGCCAAGUUUCAGCAGCACGUUCCCUUCAGGGAGUCGAAGCUCACUCACUUCCUGCAGUUCUUCUUCUGUGGUGCCGGACGCGUCUCCAUGGUGGUCAACAUCAACAGGAAUGCGGAGUGUUUCGACGAGACGCUCAACGUCCUCAAGUUCUCUGCUCUCGCUCAAAAGGUGGUGGUGCUGAGCUCCAGGCCAGUGCCGGUGGAUGACGAACCCCACAGGUCGGCUCUGGAACUUUCCAUGAUCAUCGACAAAGCAGAUCAGUGCCGGAAGAUGGGGAAAAGGAAGAGCUCGAUGGUGGCAUGGGAGACAAGUCUGGAGGACGUGAUGGAGGACGUGAUGGAGGACGGGGAGGAGGAGGAGGAGGAGGAGGAGGAGGAGGAGGAGGAGGAGGAGAGCGCCAUGGAGGGAACAGUGCUGGAGGCCGGAGAGGAGGAAGACCAGGAUGAGGGGGAUAGGACCAUGGAGGAAGAAGAGAAUGAAAGGGGGGCACAGCUGCGCCUCCUCCUCGAGGCUCAGAUCAGAGAGGAGGUCAGCUCUGAGUUCAUGGAGCUCUUCAACAAGAUGGAGAAAGACUACAGCGAGCAUCUGGAGAAAGAGAGGGAGCUGCUGGAGGAGCGAGCGGAGAAGAGGGUGGAGAUCCUGAAGAAGCUCGUCAGUAAAAUUGGCGACCUGACCGCCUCCGACAAAAAGGAGGAGCAGGCGGACCUGUUGGAGGGAAUCAUCAGCUCAGUGACUGAAGACCUGGAGAAAAUCAGAGAGGACGCUCAGACGGUCCACCGCUGUCUGACUGAACCCACACACACUGCAGAACUGGAGGCGCUGCGAUUGGAGAAUCAGCGAUCACAUGACCUGCUGCAGGAGGCCCGGGAGAGCGUGCAGCAGCAGCAACAGAUGGUGUUGACGCUGACAGAGGUUUGCGAGCAGAAAGACGAUGUCAUCAGCAAGCUGCAGAGCGCCAUGGACGCCACCGUGGAGGACACCACCAGAGACAGAGCUCUGGUGGAAAGGAGGAGGGAGGAAGAAGAGCAGGAAGAGCAGAAAAGGAAACGCCAGCGAGAGGAAGAGGAGGAGAGAAGACCAGCGAAAAAGAGAGGGUCUCCGGUGCUGGAGGAGCUGAUCUGGCAACUGCAGGAGGAGAACGAGAAGAAAGAUGAAACCAUCAGGGAGCUGAGAGAGAGCGAGGAGAGGAGGAGAGGGAGGGAGGAGACAGAGCAGAGAAAGAGGGAGGAGGAGCUGCAGGAGAUGAAGAAAGAGCAGAUCCUCCUGCAGCAGAAGAUGCAGCAGCUCAUAGGUACGAAAUCCGCAGACCUGGACUCGUGUGCUAACUGUGACUCGCUGUUCUCCUCCCUGGAGUUGGAGCAGAGGGAGACCGGAAGACUGAAGAAGGAAAACAAAGCUCUGAUCAACGGGAUGUUCACCCUGCAGACGGAGGUGACCAGUCUCCAGAGCAAGCUCAGAGAGCAGACUGACGCGUCUGACAGCCAAUCAGAGGAGCUCAACACGGCAAAGGCCCACCUCCGGGACCUGGAGAGCCAAUCAGAGGAGCUCAACACGGCAAAGGCCCGCCUCCAAGACCUGGAAAGCCAAUCAGAGGAGCUCAACACGGCAAAGGCCCGCCUACAGGACCUGGAGAGCCAAUCAGAGGAGCUCAACACGGCAAAGGCCCGCCUAUGGGAUGUCAAAAGCCAAUCAGAGGAGAAGGCUGUCAGCUUCAACAGCCUGACGCAGGAGGUGGAGCGUCUGAGACAAGAAGUCAAGGACGAGGAGGAGCACUGUGGCGGCAGGAAGUUUGUCUCGGUGCUGCAGGACCUGCAGGAGGAGAGUCGGGCGGCACUGCAGAGGUCAGCGGAGAAAUCUGAACUGAUCCAAGAUCUGCAGGACGAGAGGAGCCGGCUGCAGGAACACCUCAUCACCAGUGAGAACAGGUGUGCUGAGCUCAGUGAGGAGUUAUCCAAUCAGAGAGCAGCAUUCAGCCAGCAGCUGCAGGGCCUCAGGGCGGAGCUGGAGUCUGAACGCGGAGCUCUGCGGGGGAGACUACAGGAGGAGGAGGAGAGAGGAGAACUCCUCAGAGCCGUGUUGGAGAAGGAGGAGCUUUUAGACGAGUGUCGCAGAGAGACGGAGACUCUGAGAAAAGAGCUGGAGCGGCUGAAGGAGGAGCUGCAGAGCCGGGAGGAAGAAGAGGAGGAGGAGGAGGAGGAGAACAGACAGGAAGAGAUGCUGGUGGUUCAGCGGCUGAAGGAGGAACUGCACAGCCGGGAGGAAGAGGAGAAGGAGAACAGACAGGAAGAGAUGCUGGUGGUUCAGCAGGUGAAGGAGGAGCUGCAGAGCUGGGAGGAAGAGGAGAAGGAGAACAGACAGGAGGUAAUUCUAGUGGUUGAGGAACUGAAGGGGGAGCUUCAGAAGCUGCAGGAGAGGAGGGAGGAGAAGGAAAGGAAGGGGAGGCAGCAGCAGGAGUUUGAGGCUGUGAGGAGAGAGGUGGAGAGACUGCAGAGACUGAAGGAGGAGAAAGGAGGCGCUCAGGCUGUGUGUGUCUCUACUCUGAAACCCAACACGGUCGACAGGAAGAAAACUGCCAAAAUGACCGGGAGGAAGAGGAAGAGCUGUGAAGUGCAGCACCUGGUGUUCAGUGAGAACAAGAGGAACAGAGGGAGAGGGAGCACACGGACCAACAAACAGAGUUCUGCGGUGAAGGAGAAGUGUGACGGCGCUCUGCAGAAGAUCGGCGGUUUGAUCCACAGCUCUCCCUCCAUCCUGGGCAGCACAGCUAAAAGCAUCAUGGGGCUGGUGAGCGGUCACUCUGUGGAGAAAGAGACGGUGCAGAGACCCAAACGAGGACGCAGGAAACUGUUCAAGACGGACGCCACGCUGCAGGACUCCCCGGAUACAAUAUCUGGAGGAGCGAAUGAGGAGAAGGAGAGCGAUCACCUGAUCAUCAAGAGACAGCUGCGGUCCAAGACCGUCAGGAAGUGACCUCUUCAUCAUCGUCAGGAAGUGACCUCUUCAUCAUCGUCAGGAAGUGACCUCACCAUCAUCGUCAGGAAGUGACCUCACCACUUUUAAAAACUGCACAGAAACGUUAAGUAGUUUGAGUUUGUAGGUUUGUGAUUUUAAUAAAGAUCUGAGAAGAGAAGACUUUGUGAAACUGAAGCUGUUUUAACUUUUGUUGGUAAAUCAUUAUGAAUAAACCCCUCAGAAAUCA